CUGACUCUCCUCCUUUGCCUCCACCUCCCGCACCAACCUCCGCACCUACGUCCGCACCUGCAUCCGCACCUGCAUCCGCUCCCAAGCGAUGCCUUCAGGAAUCGUGCAAGCCUGCUCGAGAUGCAGGGCCCAGAAGCGGAAGUGCGAUCGGCGUUUGCCGGCAUGCUCACUAUGCGAAAGGCUCAAGCGAACUUGUUCGUACCCAGCGGCCGACGGAGAGCCUCAGGAACAGCAGGCUGUAGCGGUCCCCGUGCCGGAACUGCAGGAGCUGUCGGUCCCGAACAUCAGGGACACGCUGCACAAGCAGAUAGCGGCCAUUGUGGGCGACGGACAGCAGUGUCAAGGUUGGGCUGCCGUGUACUUCACCACCAUCCAUCCAUGGUUCCCGGUGAUAUGCCAAACGUCCUAUUCCAAUCGGCUACUGCCUUCGCGAAUCACCGCAGAGACAGCCGACUUUUGUUUUCUCACCCUGACCAUGUACCUCGUAUGUGCCAAGCCGAUCAACGGAGAGCUCACGUCCCAGACUCGGUCGCUGUACCUACUGCUAAAGGGCCUCGUUAGCACACUAGAGGCUAUUGGCAUUAACACGGUUGAGAUGUUGCAGGGCCGAUUGCUAGUGACCAUCUUCGAGGUGGGCCAUGGGCUGUACCCUGCAGCCUACAUCUCCUCGGGCGCCAAUGUCCGGGCAGCUAUUGACAUGGGUGUGAACGAAGCUUCGCGCGGGAAGUUGCUAAAUAUUUUCGGGUCUCAGGAGCGAGCCGAGGACGCGCAAAGGACUUGGAGGGGAAUAAUCGUCGCUGAUAGAUAUGCUACACUCGAAAGAGCAAAAGGACCAGGCCAUAUUAUGGAACCGCUCUCGGAGAGAACUAAAAGCAAUGGAGCAAAGGCCCAUUCUGUGCAUCCGCAAACCGACAUUCUCACCGAAAUGACUCUCGCGUCGCAAUUGCUCGCACAGGCACUAGACCACAAGCAUGGAACGACAUCAAAUCACGCGCUCAAGGCCGCAGAGGCUCUGCAAAUACUAAAAGCCGGGACGACAUUCUUGGCAGAAUGCAGCAUAAGGGCACCCAUGCAGAACGCUGUUUUUGCCAGCGUCGUCGCUGUGUGCCGAAGCGCCGUUCUGGAGAUCGCGGAGUACGAAUCUCAGCCCGAGUACCGCAGCAUAGCUGCACAAGAUACGUUACACGCCAUGAUCAAUGACAUUGCGCAAGCAGCCGCGUCUGCAGUCUAUAAUCGCUCGCUUGUAAGAGUUGACAUCCUCCCUGUCUUCAUCCCGCAUUGUCUGUACAAAGCGGCGAUGGUGUGCCUCCAAAUGUCAAGGCAAACCGGGCAAGGGGAUGCCGGAUCAACCAUACGGCCCUUGGUAGACUUGCUGAAAUUAAUCAGCACAAGGUGGAUAGCGGCAGGAAACUACGUCAACGAGAUAGAAAGACUUCAAUGUACAAACUAACGAGAAACGCUGACCGGACAAAGGAGAAUAUGUCAAAGAUAAAGGUUCCAGUAGAAGCCAGCGCCCAUCGCCAAAAUCGCCUACCCACUUA